ACUACUAUUAAAAUUCAAGAAUGGUAAUAACCAAAAAAAAAAAAAAAAUCAAGAAUGGUAAAGUUGUAAUAAUGAGGGAAUGAGGUGAUUGGGUCGUAAAUACCAUCAUUAACUAAAAUAUUACUUCUCCUUUCCGUUGAAUAUUUUGUCUUCAGAGUAUCUCAUAAAAAGUAAAAACCUCUGCUUUCUCUCUCGCCUGCAUUGACCAAAAUGGGCCACCGCAGUAGCCGGCUGUCGACUCCAUGGCAUCACUCACCGGACUCCGAUUCAGCUAAUGGCGCCCAUCGCUCCUCCCGAGCUGACCAUCGCACCGGAACCACUGGAAAAUCCGGCAUCGGCCGCAUCCUAGGUCGUCCCAUGGAAAAUGUCCGUUCCAUCUACACCUUCGGCCGCGAGCUCGGCCGAGGCCAGUUCGGCGUUACCCACUUGGUCACCCACAAAGAAACGGGACAGGAAUUCGCUUGCAAAUCCAUCGCCACUCGCAAACUCGUUAGACGUGAUGACAUUGAAGAUGUCCGUCGCGAGGUGCAGAUCAUGCACCAUCUCACUGGCCAUAGUAAUAUUGUGGAGCUGAAGGGGGUUUAUGAAGAUCGACACUCUGUGAAUUUGGUGAUGGAGCUAUGUGCCGGAGGGGAGUUGUUCGAUCGGAUCAUAGCUAAGGGGCAUUAUUCUGAGAAAGAGGCAGCGAAGUUGUUCAGGCAGAUUGUGACAGUGGUGUACAAUUGUCAUACAAUGGGGGUAAUGCACAGGGAUUUAAAGCCUGAGAAUUUCCUAUUAUUGAACAAGGAUGAUGAUUCGCCAUUAAAGGCUACAGAUUUUGGACUCUCUGUGUUUUUCAAGCCAGGUGAUGUGUUCAAAGAUCUGGUUGGAAGUUCUUAUUAUGUAGCUCCUGAAGUAUUACGACACAAUUAUGGAGCUGAAGCUGAUAUUUGGAGUGCUGGGGUGAUCCUUUAUAUUCUCCUUUGUGGGGAGCCCCCAUUCUGGGCAGAAAAUGAAGAGGGUAUCUUUCAAGCUAUUCUGAGGGGACAUCUUGAUUUCUCAUCCAAUUUAUGGUCUUCCAUUUCCAGAAGUGCCAUUGAUCUUGUGAGGAAGAUGCUAAAAGCUAAUCCUAAGGAGCGGCUUUCAGCAGUUGAUGUGUUAAAUCAUUCAUGGAUGCGAGAAGAUGGUGAUGCAUCUGAUAAGCCUCUUGAUAUUGCUGUCUUAACUAGAAUGAAACAAUUCAGUGCAAUGAACAAACUCAAAAAGGUUGCCCUAAAGGUAAUUGCAGAAAACCUUUCUGAAGAAGAAAUCGUGGGCUUGAAGGAAAUGUUCAAAUCCAUGGAUACAGAUAAUAGUGGAACAGUCACCUUGGAGGAGUUAAAAGCUGGUUUUCCUAAACUUGGCACCAAACUUUCUGAGUCUGAAGUGAGGCAGUUAUUGGAUGCGGCUGAUGUCGAUGGGAAUGGCACAAUUGAUUACAUUGAGUUUAUAACAGCCACCAUGCACAUGAACAGAAUGGAAAGAGAGGACCACUUAUUUACUGCUUUCCAAUACUUUGACAAAGAUAGUAGCGGGUACAUUACAGUGGAUGAGUUGGAACAAGCCCUGAAGAGGUAUAACAUGGAUGAUGAGAAAACAAUUAAAGAGAUCAUUGCAGAAGUUGACACUGAUAAAGAUGGUAGAAUCAAUUAUGACGAGUUCGUGGCCAUGAUGAGAAAAGGAAACCCAGAACCUGUUCCAAACCGAAGGCGCAAAUAAGUGGGAGUACAACUUGCUUGUCUCCUCCCUUAUUGUCUUCCAUCAGUUGCUUUGUUAAUUAUAGAAUUGGAAAAGAAUUCCCAAUCUAUCAAAGAAAAUUAUAUGGUAAUAAUUAGUCCCUUUUAAUGGAAUUUAAAAGACAAUUUCCAAAUAUAUCAUCAAAUACUCUUAUAAAAAAUACGGAAGUGA